CUGGCCUGUCUGGCCCUCUGUUGUGUCUAUUUAUAAUGUCCAGACACAGUGCAGAGGUUAUUCGGACGUGCCAGCAAAUACAAGGUGACAGGCACAGAGGAACAAAGGAUGAUUGUUUUUUUCUGUUGGUAAACAACAAUGGUGAAGAGCAGAAAAAUGCCAGUGGGUCAUCAUGAGCAUUGUGAGAAAUGUUAUGAUGUCCACUGUAAAGUCCGGGUGCAGAUCUCUGUGUCAUGCAUGGUCAUCAAGUGUCGUAAAAACUGUGGUGCCACCCUCCAUAUGUGCAAGCAAGAGGAGCACCAGCUCCUCUGUCCAAAUGAGACGGUCCCCUGCCUCAACGUUGCCUAUGGCUGUCCUCUCACCAUGCUGCGCCACAGGCUGGCAAAACACCUGGAGGUCUGUCCUGCCAGCGUGGUCUGCUGCUCUCAGGAGUGGAACCGCUGGCCUGUUUCUGAAAGUGAUCUGCCCUUCUACAGAAAUGUUUCAGAAAACCCUCAAACUGAGCUGCACCUUGAUGUUGCUCUGGCUCUCAGAGACCAAGAGCUGCUGUUUCAAUCCAUAAAAAUGAAGAACAUUUUUCCUGAGCUGAUGGAGGACUCUGCCCUCCAGGAUGUUAUCGCUGGGGUCAACUGUCUUACCGAAGAGACAGCCUGUUCUUUUGAUUGUGGUGAAUUUGCAGAAAAUAGCUGCACAAGGAUGGAGGAAAAAGAACCCAGUCAAGAGGAGAAAGAUGCUUUGGCGAAGAGCAGCGAUGUGGAGAGUAUUCAGAACUACAGCUCUUGGGAGAAAAUAUUCACAAAGGAGAUGGGGGGAUGCGAGCAAACUGUCAAAAACCUGAAUAAGAGGGAAGAAAGAGGAAAGGGGAAGGAUGAGCAAGAAUCAUCAAACUGUCAGAGAGAGAUAAGAGACUCACAUCUGAACCAAGAGAAUGUUGCUGCUGCUUCGAGCACCAGUGGUGCAACUGGCCUUGCGCCAUGGCAAGAUGGCGUCCUUGAGAGGUUAGGCAAAGAAGUCAACAUUGCAGAAUAUAACAUGUACCUGGUGCACAAUGGGGCAAUGUUGAUUAACUUUGGCCAACUUGCAGCUUGCACCCCGAGAGAAAAGGAUUUUGUGUACGGGAAUCUGGAGCCCAUUGAGGUUAAAACUGUCCGCUCGUUUAAUGUUCCCACCAGCUAUCGAGCAAAGCGCAGUCAUCUGAAGGACCCUGCGCACAAAGGCAAGACCACACACCAGUGUGUUGACACUGCAGAUCUGGGCUUGUCACUUGAGGACCUUCCAAAGUGUGACGAGGUUAGCACCACACUCCUUUGCUCCCUGGAAAAGGAACUGAAAGGACAUUUAAUCUCAGAGAGUGUGGCGAUAGAUGGUCUUUAUGUAGACGUAGGAACACAAACAUACAACUUCUGCUCUGCCCCAUUCAAAACAGAUGCAUCCCUGGCUGAUGUCAUAGCAGUCAAACCUCGUGCUCUUUAUGUACAUCUUGAAGCAGAAUCUGUCACCAGAAGACACAACAAAACAAGUUCAGCUUUCAGCUACAAGUGUGGCCACUUCUUUCGCCGCGAUGAAUACCGCUCUCAUUUCAGGAAUGUGCACUCUGACAUACAGGCCUCUCUUAACGGCUGGUUACAACAACGGUGCCCCUUAGCAUACCUCGGCUGUACUUUCACCCAGACAAGGUUUCAGCCGGCAGGUCACCAGGCUACAAUUAAAUUCUGCCAAGAUGUCAGCGCCGUUGUCCUCCAGCCACAAGUCCCCUCAUCCCUCUGUGAAGUCAGGAAAGAGAGAAAUGGUGCACACAAUCUGGAUCCGCUGAGCAGGCUGCCCCUGGAGAUUCUUCAGCACAUUGCCGGUUACCUUGACAGUUUUACAUUAUCUCAGCUGUCCCAGGUUUCCCAACUGAUGAGAGAGGUGUGUGCCACAUUGUUGCAAGAGAGAGGGAUGGUCUCCCUCAAGUGGGAGAAAAAGACAUAUUCCCAUGGGGGAAGCUCCUGGAGAUGUCGAAAAAAAGUUUGGGAGUUCAGCUCUCUGUUUUCCUCUGUGGACAGAUGGAGCUUCAGCGUUACCCCUUCCAUGUCAGAUCACCUGAAAACCUGCUCCUUCUAUCAGCGAGAGGAACGCACUGAGCCGGUUGUUUUAGCCUGCCUGGCAGAGGUCAGAGACAAACAUGGAGAAGUAAAGCAUAAGAGAUAAUGCUCAUGGCCCCAGAGCUCAGUGGGCGGACCACAACACGAGCAAUGCCAUGUGAAGAAUCACUCAGAUGUGAUAUUUAUGCACCCACAAAACU